AUGUCUGAGGUUGAAGUAUGUUAUGUUACGAUUCCAACUUCUAGAGCAUCCUUUGGCUGGAAUGGUUUAACCUACAUUGGAAAUAAAAAAUUAGAAGAAUUUUGGCAUCGUUUAUUAUUGACAAUGUCGUCAAAACUCCACAUUUAUGUUUUGGAUACAAGCAUAACGGAAGCUAAUAUCAUUUAUCCGCUCAUUUUCUCACCUAACAAAACACUUAAAAGCCAUCAACAAAUUUAUUACUACAUCACAAAAGAUGUACUAUUUGAUCAUUUGAAAAAUUAUUGGUCAACACACGUCAUUGUUUUCCUUGAUCCUGAAUUAAAGAUAAAUCAAUCUGAUAUGUCAUUAUUACCAUUAUCGAUGGAAUAUUUUUCACGAUGUGAUUUGUGUUUCGAUCAUAUAAGUUCGUUGAAACAUCAAUCACUAGUUAUUUUAGUUGUCGUUUCUUCAUUCGCAAGUGUAUUUGAUCGAAUAUACUCGGAUAAGUAUGCACUGUUUAUACCACAAUUAACAUCUAUUAUUAUAUUUGAUGCAUGCUGCACAUCAAAACAUGAUGACUUCGAGCGUCAAGAAUUAUUGUAUUUUAUUAACGAAGUCGAAUUCGUAAAACAAAUACAAAGAGACACUGCAGGUAGUUUUGAACCGACAGAACUAUUCUUUUUCGAUAACAAAACAAGACAAAUGUCAUUAAGAAGUUCGAGAAAAGAUCAAUUUCAGUUAUUAACUGAUCUUGUAGUCAGUAUUGCACCUACUGUUGAAGAAAAAGAUGAAAUGAUGGGAGAAUGUUUUUUAAGUUGUUACCAGAUCAAAGAUAAAGCCGAAGUUUAUGGGAAUCAAUGUCCAUAUUGCUUUGACGACAUUCUUCAAAUUCCACCUCUUGUCGAUACUUCCGACGAUACUCUAAUAAUGACUCCUUCCACAUCACUUCCAUUUUUUGCACCCUCAUGCUUUAAACCAAAUGAAAAUAAAUUAAAAGAUGUGAAAGAAUUUUAUGAAAGAUACAACAAGGAUCAAGCAAUAUUUUGGUAUACGCGGGACUCCUUUCUAUUCCGUCUAUUAAAUGAAGCAUGCAGAACAGAAGACAUCGAUAAAAUAUAUGUGUUUCGUUACUAUAUAAGGGAUCUUUAUCAGCAGCUAUCAAUUUUACACAAGGAUUAUGUUCAAUAUUUAAAACAGAACGAAACUAAUGUGAUAACUCUUUAUCGUGGUCAAAAAAUAUCAAAUGAAGAGCUCCAAGAACUUCAAAAUAACAUUGGAAAAUCAUAUUCAACAAAUACAUUCUUAUCAACAACAACAAACAUUGAGGUUGCAUAUAUGUUUGCUGGCAUUGAUAUUGAUCCUGUACCGAAUAGUCCUGAGGAAAAUGUUUUAGGAAAGUUACAAUCUAGGAAAAAAGAACAUUUAGAUAAUAGCUACGAUCAAUCUCUUUCUGAAGAAAAAUCUUGUGCAAUGAGACCGAAACCAUCUACAGACAGUGUAGUGUUACCAUAUGAUUCCGUCGCAUCUACACAAUCAGAUAUACGUUGCAAGUGUAAAUCAGUCAUGUUUUCAUAUAUCAUCAACAUCAAUAUUCUCACAAAGCCUUAUGCAGACAUCAGUAAAGAAAGUAAUCAUGAAAUUGAAGAUGAAGUAUUAUUAUCAAUGGGAACAAUUUUUCGAUGUGAAUCAGUUGAAUAUUUGAUAAACGGAGAUUUCUGGCAUGUUAAAAUGAUUAUGAUAGACGAUGAUAAUGAUAAUGAUGUGGAUCAUGAUUCAAAAAGGCAAAUUUUGAAUGAUAUACAACAAAAACCCAUACUUUUAAUGUUAGGAAAAUUUGUUUUGGAAACAUCUCACAAUUCCGAUAAAGCUGAACGUUAUUAUAGAAUGUUCCUUGAGAGCGAAAUAAUGAGUCCUUGGGAUAAAUGUGAAGCAUACGUUGCUCUUGGUUUAAUGUGUAAGAAUAAAGGUCAAUAUGAAAUAGCAAUCGAAUAUUUUGAAACAAUAAUUGACAUAUGUAAAAUACAUUCCAUUGAAAACGAACAUAUGAAUAGAGAAUAUAUGACUUUAUCAUAUGUAAAUAUUGCCGAAAUUUAUACUAUUACAGAUUUUCAAAAAGCAAUUAAAACGUUAAAUACAAUAAUUGAAUUACAUCUGUAUAGUCCCAUUGAAUUGGCAAAAGUAUAUAAUAUGUUAGGUGAUAUUUAUAGAACUAGAACGACUUUAUGUAAAAUAGCAUUAAAAUAUUAUCGACUAGCACAUGCAAAUGAUUCGAAGAACCAAAAAUAUAUCCAAAAUAUUGAAUUAAUUCGACAAGAAAUCAACAGACCAAGUGAAUUUUUGAAUGAGUUCUUAUGCAUUUUGAUUUUCUUUACCAUUGCCUUUUUCGCCUGGUUUAUACUGCAUAAAAGUUGGCCACAGUGGUUUCAAGAAACAAGCUCAACCAUAAAGAUGAUUUUCAUAUCAUAUUCUAUUACAUUUACAUUAAAAUAUCUUAUCACUAUUUUUGAUAAAAGAGCUAUUUUCAAUUUCAAGUUCAGUCAAUAUAUUUUAACAAUAUGGACAUGGUUAAUGAAUUAUUAUUUAAUUUUUUCGAAUUUUUAUCAUCUUCUACGAAUAAAUCGAUACAUUAGUUUACUCAAUGCAUUGAACAUAUGUCUAUUUCUUGAUAAUAAACGAUUUUAUUUUUUAAUUUAUCUUUUAUUAUUUAAUCCAACAUUUAUGUCAUAUUAUGUAAUGAUUAUCAUUUGUUUACAUCGUUCAUAUUGGAUAUUUUAUCACCAAGAUAAAUUAAAUUUAAGAGAUCCAGCACAGAUAUUUCAUGAUGGUCGAUUUUCAUUUUCGCUAUGGAUCCAAAGUUGCAAAGAAUUUUUGUUUUAAAUGAUUAAAUUAUUAACAAGAACGAGACAAUGAUAUAAGUUCACAAUUUGUAGAUCGCUCCAUUACUAUACUUAUCCGAUUAGCUAAAACUCUAUUAUAGUUGCGUACGACUGAUUUCCAACAGUUAAAACGCAUCCACAAAUAGCGCGUUCCAAAUCUUUUUUCAAAUCUUUAGAGACCCACUUGUUUAUAGAAAAAUAUAAUCUCAUCGAACUUUCUAUCCGUUAUAUUACAGAUAUGAGUCAUUUGUUGUGUUGGUCUUAUGAUAUGCUUGUACCAAUGGUGUGUUUAGGUGUGUGUGUAUAUAUGUGAGUUAAGCGAAGUUCAACACCCACACUUAUACACCCGUUGAAUUUAGCAGCAUUGUUAAUGUUUACGUUGAAUUAUUACCACACAAGCAGGUAUUUUCUACAGCAAUGUCUUUUGUUGUUGCAGCUAUGGCUACACUGAAUUCAUCUACGACAUGUGAAAGGACGUUUUGUAGGACAAAAUCGAUUAAAACAAUAACAGGCCGUACAAUUUUUGGUAUCCGAAUGAGCGAUUUAUGCGUUUUAGCACUGGAGCAUGAUUUUAACAUCAAUUGCGACAAACGCAUGGAUGAUUUCGCUAAUUCGCACAGAAAAAGUAGAAUUUUAUUAAGGUAAAUAAAUUUCAUUAGUCUAAUGUGUUGAAUUUUGUUUCAUGAACCUGCACGACGACACUAACAAUAUGCUGGAUGUGUGUAGUAUUGAGUUUACGGUCUGUGUGUCAACAAGUCAGAUUAUUGUUAUUUCUGUUGUUUUAUUGGAGAGGAAUUUGGAGGAAACUGGACAAGAAUAAGAAAACAGUGUAGACUAGUUUUGUAGAGUAUCGUUCAGCAUCGAAAUAUAACGAACUCCUAAUUAUAGUGACAAAAAGUACAUAUAUUUAGAGUCUGCGUAUGGUAAGAAUUAUCUGUUCAAAUUACUUUUGUUAUAAACUCACAUUACAAAUAGGAGCACUUUAUACUUGUCCUGCUGAAACUAUUGCUGAGUAUAAGCAAUAUUUUCUACUCUUUCGGAACUUAUCUGUUUAUUAGUAAGAAAUCUAGUGAGAUACUAGUCGUACAGAUGUCGGUGGAUACAGUUACUCUUAUUAUCAUCGUAACUUUGCUGAAUACUGCCAUUUACAGUUCAACAUGGUACGUAAACAGUCGUACACCGACCGUAUCGUUCAACGUUGAUAGUCCACAUGCUUUAAUAUGUAUUAACAUGAGAGUGUGGAUGUAGACGAAGAAAGAAAAGAUACAGCUAUGCUCGAACCUAUGGUCACAUUACUUACCCACAUCCACACCCGACCCAAGAUUGAUAAGAGAGCAUGUGGUCAUGCUUUCUCAGAUUUAUGACAAUCACACUCUUAUGCACACAUUUGUAGUAUCAGCAAAUAGAUAAAUUGAUUUUAAGGCGUUAGUUUAAGUUGAAUGAAUUCAAGUAUAAUACAUUGUGACAGAUCGGAUGUUACAGAAACAUAGAGAAAGAACUAGAACUUGGGAUAUGGUUCUAACGAAAUACAUUUUUUUUUAAAUAUUUGAACAAGAAUAGAGAAUUCGAUCCGACCAAUGCUCUAUACUAUACAUUGCUCUUCUGAUGAAUCUCCUUUUAAACAUUGUGUUGUGGACUUAUGUGUGAAAAAUAAUGGUACAGAGCAAGAUUCGUUUUACACACAGCUCACUUUGGAAUAAGUUUAUCAUAGUGGUGACUGCUCAGUACGAUUCAACUAACCCUGAGAUAAGUCAAGGCGGUAUAUCUCUACUCUGGAUAACCAGCGUGUACUGUGCCACUAUUCGAAGUGAGACAAAACUCAUUAAUGUCAUUCCAAUUAAGAUCGAACGCUUCGGAGCCUUUAAAAUGCAGUGUUAGUGUUGGCAUAUUGACUAGCCGACCGACAGCAUCUAGUUUCAUGCUAUCGUAACAGACCGAUGUCGCUUCGAGUGAAUGAAGUGAAAAUAUUUCGCUUUGAAUGAAGACACGCAUAACCAAUGGAUAUCUAAUCUGU